AUGUAUUGGUCACGUGACUGUGACAUCAUCACAGGUCCUACACCGCGAGCAUGGAACAGAAACAGAGCAGGACCUGAUCGGGCAGUCACUGCUGUUUGUGUCUUGUUUGGAGAUUAUAUGAGGAGGAGGAUGGACAAGGACAGGAAUGAGAUGACUAAGAGAAUAUUACACUUCACCUUGGAGAUCCUCCACCUGCUGACCGGAGAGGAUUACACCAUAGUGAAGAAGACAUGGGGGGAGUGUGUGGCCCCCAGCAGCCAUGAGUCAGGAGGAUGGAGCAGGGCCCGGGGCCCCAUCACGGAGCCUCCACCUCACUCACCGAUACAUGAGGAGAAGAUCCUAGAACUCACCCACAGGAUCACUGAGCUGCUGACUGGAGAGGUUCCUAUAAGGUGUCAGGAUGUGGCGGUCUAUUUCUCCAUGGAGGAGUGGGAGUAUGUAGAAGGACACAAGGAUCUGUACCAGGACAUGAUGGAGGAUCACCGGCCCCGAACAGCUCCAGAUGGAUAUACAAGAGGUGAUGUAUUCAUUCCCUGUGUGUUCCCUACAGAUGGAGUCAUUGAUAGAAAUCCACCCGAGAGGUGUCCCCGUCCUCUGUAUUCCCAGGACUGUCCAGAGGGAAAUGUCCCAGAGAAGCAUCAGGGGGGAGAUCUGACUAAUAAUAAAGUGGAGGAUGAAGAAGAGAGGAUGAGGGGCCAUCACCCGUGUAUGAGGGAAGUGAAGGAGGAAAUUCCAGGAGGUGUUACCCCAGAAAAUCCCGGUAAGAACUCUGAGGUGAACGUCAUAUUACCCAUAAAAUAUAAAGUAGAAGGAGAUAUCAUAGAGCGCUCCUUAGAAGAAGACAUACUCACCCUUAUUGUACAUCCAGAACUUCACAAUACAGAGCUAUCGUAUAAUAAUCCCCCUGAUUAUACGGAACCUUCUCCUGACCAAUUACAGAUUGUUACCACAAGGACAGAUCCGAAAGAUGGAGAAAGGAUUCAAUGUGGUGAAUGUGGAAAACAGUUUACAAGAGGAUCAGAACUUUUUACACACUUAAGAAAUCACACAGGAGAAAAACUGUGUUUAUAUUCAGAAUGUGGAAAAUAUUUUACGAAGAAAUCACAGUUUGUUACACCUAAAAUAAUUCGCAAUGGAGAGAAGCCGUAUUCAUGUUCAGAAUGUGGGAAAUGUUAUAUGAAGAAAUCACUGCUUAUUAUACAUGAGAGAAGUCACACGGGAGAGAAGCCGUAUUCAUGUUCAGAAUGUGGGAAAAGUUUUACAAGUAACUCAAAUCUGGUUCGACACGAGAGAAUUCACACAGGAGAGAAGCCAUAUUCAUGUCCAGAAUGUGGGAAAUGUUUUAUAAGUAGAUCAUAUCUUGUUAGACAUGCGAGAAGUCACACCGGAGAAAAGCCAUAUCCGUGUUUACAAUGCGGGAAAUGUUUUAAGGAUCAAUCAAAUCUUGUUAAACACGAGAGAGGACACACAGGAGAGAAUCUAUAUUCGGUGUGUAUUCUGGGCCUUAUUGGGUGUGAUUCUUGCCCCUCUGGUGUUGGGAUUGGGAUGUUACGAAUGUUGUACCAGGCGAGGAAGUUAAUUGCCCAAUACUGGAUUAGAGCAAGUCCUCCCUCCAUUGUGGAUUUAACUGUCCGGCUGUCGCUCAUUGUGCGUUUGGAAAAGGGUAUAAAUGAGAAAAGGAAAGCUAAUCACAAUGUUAUCCUCCCACCGGCAGAUAAAGGGGGAAACCUGGUUAUCUUACCCAUUGACAAAUAUAAGACCAUGUGUUUAGACCUUCUUCGGGACAGGGAUGGAUAUGCUGUACUUACCUCGGAUCCGACUGAUGAAUUCUUAUUGGAACUAGAAAAUGUGCUUGUUGAUGCCUUAGAUAAAAGACUGAUUGAUAGGGAUGAGUUUAAAUUCCUCCUCCCCAAUAAACCACAAAUAGCGACUUUUUACGCGUUGCCAAAGGUCCAUAAGGGGCUUCAUCCUCUAAAAGGACGACCAAUUGUAUCAGGUGUCUCAUCAAUCACACAGAAUUGUGGCAUAUAUGUAGCCAGGAUCCUGAGAGAGUUUGUAACUGCCCUUCCCUCUUAUAUUAGGGACACUUCUGACUUAUUGCAAAAACUUGACGGGAUAACAGUGGAAACAGAUGUUCUACUAGCAUCAAUAGAUGUAGAGGCCUUGUAUAGUAGUAUACCACACGAAUGGGGUUUAAAAGCCACUGAACACUAUUUAAGGUCUCGAGGUAUCCCCUGUCAAGAACAUAGUCGCUUUGUUUUAUCCCUCCUCCAAUUUGUUUUGCAACAUAACUAUUUCAUAUUUGACCGUCGUAUCUACCACCAACUCAGGGGCACAGCGAUGGGGAGCCCUUGUGCCCCCACAUACGCAAACGUGACCCUGGGUUGGUGGGAGGAUAACAUUGUCUUUGGAGAGGAGGAAAACCAGUAUACAUCAAAAAUUCUAUAUUGGGGAAGAUACAUAGACGACGUGUUUAUAUUGUGGAAAGGUACGGAGGCUUUGUUUAAGGAGUUUGUAUCAUCCCUCAAUCAUAAUCCUAUUGGGCUGCGGUUUACAUCAGAAAGCAGCUCUGUAUCCCUCCCGUUUUUGGAUGUGCUAAUUGAGAAAGACGGAAGGGGGAGCCUUAGGACGAGCAUAUAUAGGAAACCCACGGCGACCAAUAACUUAUUAAGAUACGAGAGUCACCACCCCAACCCUCAGAAACACGGGAUCCCCAAGGGUCAGUAUUUACGACUGAGACGCAAUUGCUCAGAUAGGGAGGACUUUAUUAGACAGUCGGCUGACCUGAGAAAGAGGUUUCAAGAAAGGGGGUAUCCCGAUAGGGUCCUUAGGAAAGCCUUUAAACAUGCACUUAAGAGUGAUAGGACAGACCUUCUAACUCCUAAAAAGAGACCACCCAAUAACAACAAACAGAUCCGCCUGAUAGGCACAUUUGAUGAAAGAUCAGAACAGGUUAAAAAGAUUUUGGGUCGAUACUGGGGCAUUCUAAAAACUGACCCUCACUUGAAAGAUGUGUUAUCUGACCACCCGUCCAUUACUUUUCGAAGAGGAAGAUCCAUCAGGGACUUUGUGGUCCAUAGCCACUUCGAAAGAGAAGAAGUAUCAGGAUCAUGGUUGGCAAGAAAGCCUAUAGGCACUUUUAGAUGUGGAGGGAACUGUAUAGCAUGCCCUUUUAUGGACAAAUCCAAAACCUUUAAGAACGAUCAUACAGGUGAAGAAUUUAAGAUUAGGGACUUCGCAAACUGUAAAACAAGUGGAGUGGUCUAUUUAUGUAGAUGUACAUGCCCAUUAGGUUAUGUGGGGAAAACGAGCCGUGAGAUACGAAGGAGGGUGGGUGAACAUCUAGGUGACAUACGACACAGACAUGACACUUCUAUAGCCAAACAUGUGUGGGAACAACACAAUGGAGACCCUAAGGUAUUAACAUUUCAGGUGAUAGAGGUCAUCAGAUCGAGUAUAAGGAGAGGUGAUACGGAUAGAAAGAUUUUGAGGAAGGAGGCCGAAUGGAUUUUCAGACUGAAGACAGAUGUGAACCGGAUAGAUCCAUCACUUAGUAAGGGAGGGAAAGUCCUCGUGGUUGAGGCCACCCUGCUAAGGAGUUCUGGAGCCCGUGAGGUCUCCAGAACUGACCCCAGUAGGACAUCACCCCAGAACAUGAUGGAGGAUCACCCACCCCGAACAUCCCAAGAUGGAGUAAUGGAUAGAAAUCCACCCGAGAGGUGUCCCUGUCCUCUGUAUUCCCAGGACUGUCCAGAGGGAACUGUCCCAGAGAACCAUCAGGACGAAAAUCUGAUCGAUAUUAAGGUUGAGGUUAAAGAUGAAGAAGAGGAAACGGAUUUGAUGAGCGGUCAGCAGAAUGGAGUCAUUGAUAGAAAUUCACCUGAGAGGUGUCCCCGACCUCUGUAUUCCCAGGACUGUCCAGAGGGGGGAGAUCUGACUAAUAAUAAAGUGGAGGAUGAAGAAGAGAGGAUGAGGGACCAUCACCCGUGUAUGAGGGAAGUGAAGGAGGAAAGUCCAGGAAGUGUUACCCCAGAUAAUCCCAUUAAGAAUUCUGAGGGAAACUUCAUGUUAAAACUGAAGUAUAAAGUAGAAGAUGAAGAUAUUAUACAGCACUGCUCAGGAGAGAACAUCCUUAACCUUACUGUACAUCCAGGACAUCGCAGUACAGAUGUAUCACAUAAUAAUACCCCAGAUCAUGAGGGACUUUCUCCUGACCAAUCACACAUUGUUACCACAAGGACGUGUCAGAAAGGAGGGAAACCGUUUUACUGUCAUGAAUGUGGAAAAGAGUUUACAAAAAGAUCAAUUCUUUUAACACACAGAAGAAGUCACACAGGAGAGAAGCCUUAUUCAUGUCCGGAAUGUGGGAAAUGUUGUGGAAGUAAAUCAGAUCUGGUAAAACAUGAGAGAAGUCACACAGGAGUAAAGCCAUAUUCAUGUCCAGAAUGUGGGAAAUGUUUUACAUGUAAAAAAGAUCUUGUUGUACAUGAGAGAAGUCACACAGGAGAGAAGCCGUAUUUCUGUUCAGAAUGUGGGAAAUGCUUUAGUACUAAUGGCAACCUAAGGACUCACCAGAGAACUCACACAGGAGAGAGGCCGUAUUCAUGUUCAGAAUGUGGAAAAUGUUUUUCAAGGAAAUCACAUCUUGUUAUACAUGAAAGACGUCACACAGGAGAGAAGCCAUUUUUAUGUUCAGAAUGUGGCAAAUGUUUUACAGAAAAAUCACAACUAGUUAAACAUGUGAGAAUGCACACAGGAAUUAAACCAUAUUCAAGCUCAAGUACACACACCACAAGUGACACACCAAGAAAAACCUUUUCAUGUUCAGAAUGUGAGAAAUCUUUUACAAGUAAAUUUCAUCUUAUUAUACACGAGAGACAUCACACUGGAGAAAAGCCGUAUUCAUGCUCAGAAUGUGGUAUAUGUUUUAAUAAUAAACGCAUCCUAAAGAGUCACCAGAGAAUUCACACAGGAGAAAAGCCAUAUUCAUGUUCAGAAUGUGGGAAAUUUUUUUCACAAAAAAACAGUCUUAAUAAACAUAAGAGAAUUCACACAGGAGAGAAGCCGUACUCAUGUUCAGAAUGUGGCAAAUGUUUUAUAGAUAAAUCAAAUCUUGUUCUCCAUCAGAGAAUUCACACAGGAGAGAAGCCAUAUUCAUGCUCAGAAUGUGGGAAAUGUUUUGCAGAUAGAUCAGUUUUUGUUAAACAUCAGAGAAUUCACACAGGAGAGAGGCCGUAUUCAUGUUCGGAAUGUGGGAAAUGUUUUAUACUUAAAUCACGUCUUUUUGCUCAUAAGAGAAGUCACUCAGGGGAGAAACCAUUUUGAUGUCCUAUAUGUGGAAAAUGUGUGAGUAGUUUUUACACCCUGAUCUACUCUGCACUGACUGAUCAGCAAUCAGAUUAAGUGUAUAUAUUUUUUAUAUAUUUUUUUUGUCUUCCAUAAAGACCGAUUUGUGGAGGAAAUGACUGUGGACAGAUUCUACCACCUCCUCUGUUGUUCUUUGCAGCUCCUCCAGAGUUACUAUGACCCUCCUGGUUUCUUUUUUGAUAGGUUUUUCUCCUUGCUCGUCUUGUCAGUUUGGGUGGACGGUCUUGUCUUGGUAGGUUUGCGGUUGUGCCUUAUUCUUUCUGUUUUCUGAUGAUGGAUUUUAUGGUGCUCCGUGCUUAGGAAUUUUUUUUUUUAUAACCAAACCCUGCUUUGUAUAUCUAUACGAUUCUAUGCCUGACCUGUUUGGUGAGCUCCUUGGUCUUCAUGCUGCUCUUUGUUCAGUAAUGCUCUCUUACAAACUCUGAGGCCUUCAAAGAACAUGUGUAUUUGUACUGAGAUUAAAUUGCGGACAGGUAGGUCCUAUUUAUUAAUCAUGUGACUUGUGAUGGCAAUUGGUGGCACCAGAUUUUUAGUAGGGAUUGAAGGGGUGAAUACAUAU